UUCAAGGACGUUCAUUCGCGCCAAACACAAAAAUUACCGGGAAAAAUAGCCGCCUCAUGUUGCGAACAGGAAAAGGAGACUGAGCAGAAAAGACGGUAAAAUGGUUCUUCAAAACAGUGGGAAAUUUAAAAAUGAGCAACAUCAGAGCGAACAACAGUCUGGGAAGGAAGAGUCGUCAGAGAAGCGUCUUUCCAGAGCCAAGUUGAAUGAUGAAAUUGACCUGAAGUUUGGCUAUGAAAGGUACAAGGAUCCACAGGAGCGAUGUGGCUGGCUCAUCAACAUGCAUCCGGCGGAUGUUAUGGAUGAAGACAAGCGCUUGGUCAGUGCAGUGGAUUAUUACUUCAUUGAGGACGAUGGUGGGAGGUUUAAGGCCACCCUACCAUACAAGCCCUACUUCUAUGUCUUGUGCAAGAAAAGCACAGAGCGUGAGGUAGCCGCCUACUUGACAAAGAAGUUCUCUGGGAAGAUUGCAUCAGUGGAGACUGUAAACAAAGAAGACUUGGAGCUUCCCAAUCAUUUGGUGGGGUUGAAGAGACAGUACCUGAAGCUGUCCUUCCUCAGUGUGGAGGACCUAACCAAAGUUAAGCGCGAGAUUCAGCCAGCAGUGAGAAAGAACAAGGAGCGGGACAAGUCACAUGAGAUUUAUACAAGUUAUUAUGAUGAUGAUGAUGUGACCAACAGGAAGAUAGUAGACCAGAUGGACAAUAUUGUGGACAUCAGGGAGCAUGAUGUGCCGUACCAUGUGCGCGUCUCCAUAGACCUCAACUUGAAUGUGGGUCAUUGGUUCUCCAUUCGGGGACAGGGAAGUCAACCACCAGAGAUCAAACGCAGAGAGGACCUCGUGCAUCGUCCUGAUCCAGUUGUGCUGGCCUUUGACAUUGAGACCACAAAGUUGCCACUGAAGUUUCCGGACUCCUCGGUUGACCAGAUCAUGAUGAUCUCCUACAUGAUUGACGGUCAGGGCUACCUCGUCACGAACAGAGAAAUCAUAUCACAAGAUAUCGAGGACUUUGAGUACACUCCCCGCCCCGAGUUCCCGGGACCUUUUACCAUCUUCAAUGAACCUGAUGAGUUCACGAUGCUUAAAAGGUUUUUUGACCAUAUCCUUGAAGUAAAACCACAUAUUUUUGGUACUUACAACGGAGACCUCUUUGACUGGCCAUUUGUGGAGGCGAGAGCAGCAUUCCAUGGGCUGGACCUGUCUAGGGAGAUCGGGUUCCAGAAGGACAGUCAGGGCGAGUACAAGUCAAGACCCGCCACUCACAUGGACUGCUUCAAAUGGGUGAAAAGAGACAGUUACCUGCCUGUCGGUAGUCAGGGACUUAAAGCUGUUGCCAAGGCCAAGCUGCGCUACGAUCCUACAGAGCUGGAUCCAGAAGAGAUGUGUCGCAUGGCCACAGAGGAGCCACAGGUUCUGUCUAAUUACUCGGUGUCCGAUGCAGUUGCCACAUUUUACCUGUACCAGGAGUAUGUCCACCCAUUCAUUUUUGCUCUGUGUACCAUCAUUCCAAUGGAACCUGAUGAGGUGUUAAGGAAGGGCUCUGGCACACUCUGUGAGGCCCUGUUGAUGGUGCAGGCGUACCACGCGAACAUCGUGUUCCCGAACAAGCAGGAGUCCAUCCUCAACAAGCUCACCGAGGACGGGCACCUGAUGGACUCCGAGACGUACGUGGGUGGGCAUGUGGAGGCCAUAGAGUCCGGGGUGUACCGUGCUGACAUACCCUGCAGGUUCAGAAUGGUGCCAGAAGCAUUUCAGAACUUGAUAGACAAAGUGGAGAGAACAAUGAGAUUCUCCUUAGAAGUAGAACAGCACAUACCUUCAGACACGGUCACCAAUUUCAAUGAGGUGUGCUCGGACAUUGUAGAGCGUUUAUCAAUGCUGAGAGACUGCCCCAACAGACUAGAGAACCCGAUCAUCUACCACCUGGAUGUGGGGGCCAUGUAUCCAAACAUCAUACUCACCAACAGACUCCAGCCUCCAGCUAUUGUGAAUGAAGCCACAUGUGCUGCUUGUGAUUUCAACAAACCAGGGGCUACCUGCCAGCGCAGAAUGCCUUGGAUGUGGAGAGGAGAAAUCAUGCCCGCAUCCCGUAGUGAGUACCACCGUAUCCAACAGCAACUGGAGAAUGAGAAGUUCCCUCCAGCAGAAUACAGCAAGGAGCCCAGGGCCUUCCAUCAGCUGACCAAGCUGGAGCAGGCGGAGAUUGAGAAGAAACGACUUGCAGAAUACUGCAGAAAGGCAUACAAGAAGACCAAGGUGACCAAGAUGGAGGAAAGGGUGGCCACGAUCUGUCAGAGAGAGAACUCGUUCUACGUGGACACCGUGCGGGCCUUCAGGGACAGGAGAUACGAGUUCAAAGAUCUCUCAAAGGUUUGGAAAACAAAGCUCACGGAAGCCCAGAACUCGGGCGAUGCGUCUGAAAUCAAGAAGGCAAAUGGUAUGUUGGUGCUGUAUGACUCCUUACAGCUAGCUCACAAGUGCAUCCUCAACUCGUUCUACGGAUACGUGAUGAGGAAAGGUGCCCGUUGGUACAGCAUGGAGAUGGCGGGGAUUGUAUGCUUCACUGGUGCCAACAUCAUCACCAAGGCCAGGGAAAUAGUGGAGCAAAUCGGCCGCCCCCUAGAGCUUGACACAGACGGUAUAUGGUGUGUCCUGCCUGCCACAUUCCCUGAGAACUAUGUGCUCAAGACAACCAAUCCUAAGAAGCCUAAAGUCACCAUCUCCUAUCCAGGGGCCAUGCUCAAUGUUAUGGUGAAGGAUUUCUUCACGAAUGACCAAUACCAGGAGCUAGUUGACCCAGAGACAAUGGAGUACAAGGUCCGCAGUGAGAACUCCAUCUUCUUUGAGGUGGACGGCCCCUACCUUGCUAUGAUCCUGCCCGCGUCAAAGGAGGAAGGGAAAAAACUGAAGAAAAGAUACGCCGUCUUCAAUUUUGAUGGAUCUCUGGCGGAAUUGAAGGGCUUUGAAGUGAAGAGGAAUGGUGAGUUGGAGCUGAUCAAGAUCUUCCAGUCGUCCGUGUUUGAGGCCUUCUUGAAAGGCAAGACCCUGGAGGAAUGUUACAGCGCGGUGGCCAAGAUCGCGGACUAUUGGCUUGAUGUGCUCUUCAGUAAGGCUGCCAACAUGCCCGACUCGGAGCUGUUUGAGCUGAUCUCAGAGAAGAGAAGUAUGUCCAGGAAACUGGAGGAGUAUGGGGCUCAGAAGUCCACCUCCAUCUCGACAGCUAAACGACUCGCAGAGUUCCUAGGAGACCAGAUGGUGAAGGACGCUGGUCUCAGCUGCAAGUUUGUCAUCUCCAAGAAACCUGAAGGGGCUCCAGUAACUGAGAGAGCCAUUCCGCUGACGAUCUUUGAGGCAGAAGCUGGGGUUAAGAAGCACUAUCUACGCAAGUGGUUGAAAGCCCCUGGAAUGAACAGCUUUGACAUCAGAGAGAUUCUUGACUGGGAGUACUACAUAGAGAGGCUGGGAGGCUGUGUCAUGAAGAUCAUCACCAUACCAGCGGCUCUGCAAAAUGUGUCAAAUCCAGUACCCAGGAUUGCCCACCCAGACUGGCUUCAGAAGAAGCUCCUGGAGAGAAAUGAUGUGUUCAAACAGAAGAAAAUCAGUGAAAUAUUUGCUGCAGCUCCUAAACCAGUGCAGGAUGACGUCGCGUUCAAGAAGCCCGCCAGCGUCAGGGACAUAGAAGACAUGGGCUCAAGCUCUGGCUCCUCCAGCCCUCGGGUGACCAUUAGCAACAAGAGGAAGCGCACAAGCGACGACCACUCUCAAAGCCAGGAUGAGUCCCAGCUGGAUGGCUCCCAAUCCUGGAGAGAUGUGCUGGGAACACCGCCAUCGCAGGGGACCACCAAGUUGGAGCAGCUGGAAUGGCUGGCCUAUCACAAGCGCAAAUGGCAGCUGCAGCUCAAGGAGAAGAGGGACCGACGCAAACGAAGACGUGUUGACUUCGACAGCGGCCCCGGUCACGUUCCACUUACCACCACCAGUCGUGGCAUCGGUGGCUUCCUUCGUCGCACGGCUAGGAGCAUCAUGGACAUGCCCUGGCAGAUUGUGCAGUUGAUUGAGACAGGCCACCCGGGCCAAUUCAAGUUAUGGGCCCUGAUUGGUAGUGACCUUCAUGCCAUGAAGCUGAAUGUACCAAGGAUCUUCUAUGUGAACCAGAAAACUCCCAAGGCAGGGGAAGGACAAAUGUGGAGGAAGGUGAUCAAGACGUUGCCCAGGUCACACCCCGUGAUGAACCUGUACGAGUACUCGGUACCCGAGGAUAUCUAUGAGGAGCAUAUCAACGAGAUUAGCGCUGACCUCUCCUCACCAGACAUUGAGGGCGUGUAUGAGACUCAGGUCCCGCUACUCUUCCGAGCACUCGUGAAGCUUGGCUGCGUAACCAUGGUGAACCGAGACUUCUCCAAGCAGAUGGCUGGAAGGGAGACAGACACAUUUGACCUAGAGAACCUGGAGUUUCGAACCCUGGCCCAGUUCUCAUACCUGGAGCCGGGAUCCAUCAAACACCUCUACCUCUAUCAUCAUGUCUGUGGCAGCAAGAUGCUGUUUGGCCUGUUCUUCCCCAUGGCCAAGAAGGGCACGGUGUUUGUGGUCGAUACAGUCCGCAGCGACCAGAUGCCCAACCUGAAUGCCAUGUUCAACUCUGAGAGGAAUGUAAAGGUAACAAAGGGAGCUGACGAGGCAAUGCUGCCAGAGGCGGGUCACAAGCUGGACUACACUCUGGAAAAGGACAUCAAUCAGGUGUACCGUAACAUGCAGAGAAUGCUGUCCGCAUACAAGGACGAGAAACGGGGACCCACCUACAUAGCCGUCCAGUCACCACUCGAUUUCCAGCACCUGAUAUCUGAUAUGCCUGGCCUGGGGGACUUCCCUUUAGUGCCUAUACACAUAGCUGACAGUGAGACCCUGUACAGUGUUCUGGACUGGCAGAGGGUUGGAUGCCGGCGCAUGUUGCAGCACUACAUGAACAUCGAUGUCAUUCUCCAUGCCAUGAUGGAGCAGUGCAGGUACCUCCAUAUUCCCGUUGGCAACCUGCCAAAGGACAUCACCAUGUCCGGCUGUGAUAUAUUCUUCGCCCGACACCUGAACCGACACAAUCAUGUGCUGUGGUGCUCUCCCACAGAGCGGCCUGAUCUUGGCGGGAAGGAAGCGGAUGACAACCGGAUCGGAAUCGAGGUGGAAAAUUUAACGACGGAGAUCAACAAUUCUGGUGCCUACUCGACCGUCUGUGUUGAGUUGGAUAUAGCAAGCAUGGCCGUGGACACAAUUAUUGAGUCCUCCCAUGUGAAUGAACAAGAAGGUGCGAGUGCUGUGAGUUUUGACAUGAUGCCGCAGUCCUCUCUGGAGGAGAUGGUUCAAGGUCAGGGUGCGGCUACCAUGGUAACCAGCUAUGAUGAGACGGCACUGUGCUCGGCAGCUUUCAGAAUCUUGAAGAGCAUGGUACAGAGCUGGGUGCGUGACGUGACUGUCCACUCCAACGUGUUUGCUGAUAACCAGAUCAUACACUUCUACAGAUGGUUACGCAGUCCGACCGCCCUGCUGUAUGAUCCUGCCUUGAGGAGAACUCUCCACAAUAUGAUGAAGAAGGUCUUCAUGCAGCUGAUGGGAGAGUUUAAAAGGCUAGGCUCCAACAUUGUGUAUGCAAACUUCAACCGCGUGGUUCUGUGCACCAAGAAGCGUAGGCUUUUGGACGCUCUGGCGUACGUUGAGUACAUCACAAACAGUAUCAAGACGAAGGAGCUGUUCCACUUGAUAGAGAUGUCAUACGAGCAGUGCUGGGAAUAUCUCAUGUGGCUUGACCCGGCCAACUAUGGCGGUAUCAAAGGCAAGCUGCCGUCGGAGGCAGAGGUUGAGAAGGUCGCUCCGGAGAUGAUUGAAGACAGGAACGCUGACAGUGACGAGGAAGAAAGAGAGGUGCAGGACGAGGAGCUCAAUCGCUCGGACUCCGAGGGGGAACCUGAGAUUGAGAUGAAUUGGAACAUCAUGCAGUUCCUGCCCACCGCGGGGGCAUGUCAGACAAACUUCAAUAUGAUCGUUGCAGGCUACAUUCUCUCAGUGUACAACAACCUACAUGAGGAACAACAACGCCUCACCCCUGGCAGCACCCCAGUACGGCGUCGCCAUGGCACCCAGUCCCAGCCGGUCCCUGACACGACCACCACCCCCUCAGCGGUCAGCUUUGCACAGAAUCUGAUACAGGGAGAACUGGCACAGCAGAUGUUUGCGCUAACUCAGAAGAUCCACAAGAAGUUGAGUGGUAACCGUGGGCAGACAGAUGUUGCCGAGGAGUUUCCACGGCCUCCUGGCUCUCACAUCCCACUGCAUAACCCUGCACUGGAGUUCAUCAAGGCCAUAUGCAAGGUGCUAUCACUGGACAGUACAAUCACAAUCCAGGUGACAAAGAUGCAGAGGGACCUACUUAAACUUAUAGGGGUCGGCGAGUUCUCCCCAGACGCCAUCUUCAAGGACCCAUGCCUGUCGUACGUACUCCCCGAGGUGAUCUGCAAGUCGUGCAACCACAUCCGGGACCUUGACUUGUGCAGGGACCCAUACCUCAACCAGUCUGGACCAGGAGCCCGCUGGUCGUGUAUUCAGUGCAAGGGGGACUAUGAUCUGGAGGAGAUUGAACAGUGUCUGAUAGAAGCCGUCCAGAGAAAGUCCAUGGCCUACGUCCUGCAGGACCUCGAGUGUGUCAAAUGUCAUCAGAUCAAGGACUCUAACAUGCGUACAUACUGCUCAUGUGCUGGGGUGUACAAGACGACAGCCACCAUUGAAGAUUUGGGUAGGCAGCUGAGGACAUUUCAGGGAAUUGCGAGUCACUACAACAUGGUGCUGCUACAGGAGACGGUCGGAUGGAUCCUGAGGUUGAACCCUCAGAUUGAGGUGUAGCCUGGCACCGUGUGAGGUGUAGUCUGGCACCGUAUGAGGUGUGGCCAGGCAUCUUGUAAGGUGUAGCCAGUCACACCAAAUUGUAAGGUGUUGCAUCCGAGACUGACAGCUUCCUCUGGCACCUACUGCAACAUACCAUUCACUUCAUAAUGGAUUGUGUACCCACACCUAGAACAAUAGAUAUGAAUUGCCUGCCUCUCAGCUGAUUGCCCCUUUGCUAUUCUUGAAUUUUUAUGCUGUACCAUGAAACAUUUCCAGAAUGAUGCCCUUCAUGGCUGGGAACAAUUUUUGUUAGGCACAUACUUGUAGUUGACUGGCCUGUAAAGUGGGACAUAUACUUGUAGUUGACUGGCCUUUAAAGUGGAACACAUACUUGUAGUUGACUGGCCUGUAAAGUGGGACACGUACUUGUAGUUGACUGGCCUGUAAAGUGGGACACGUACUUGUAGUUGACUGGCCUAUAAAAUGGGA